UGUCGUUAAGUGUUGAUUGCUUGCCUCUGCUUUUUUCAGUAUAUUGGCUCUGGGUCUGGUGAUGGUAGGAGCGAUGUCAGUGUCAUGGAUGACUACUUCCCGCUGGAUAUGGAGGAUGAUGACGAGUCGUCAUUGCCUCGACUGGAGGGGUCAGGAGUGGAUCUGGCGGGGGCGCCGCCCCCUCUACCCCCACCACCACCACUACACGGAGCCAAGCGACGGAAAGGGUCAGACUGCACCACGGACCACUGUCAGGACGUGGGCGUGUGGGCGUGCAGCGGCGUCGAGUGGACCCGCGCCAUCUUCCCAAACCUGCUGGGGCAGGGGCCCAGGGAGGCCGAACCCACGGCCUCUCAGUUCUGGCAUCAGCUCCACACCAUCAACUGCAGUCGCGAGUUUCGGUUCGUGGUGUGUGGGUUGCUGGCCCCGCCCUGCGCCCCCGGCCUCACCAAGCCGUUGCCUCCGUGCAGGGAGGUGUGCGAUUCUGCGUUGAGAUCUUGUCUCCAAAUUAUGGAAAAGUAUUACCUCGAGUGGCCUAAGGACGCGUUCACCUGUCAAGAUCUGCCCUACAGCCACCAGGAGCCCUGCCUCAGGUAUCACCAGGGCCAGGUCGUUUUCCCUCCCGGGGUCAACACAGACUGCUCCCAAGAAGACUAUAACUACGACAACUACGACUAUGAUGGCUACGAAUCAGUCUCCACGCCACCCGGUCUCCACGAAGACUACCUCGCAUCGGGCUCGGGAGAUGGCCCUGACGCUGACCUGGGCUUCAUUUCCUCGGGAGAACGUGAAACAUACAACGAAAUCUAUGAUUUGUUUGAUAUGCCUCAAGAUAUAAACAUUACCACAAUCACCCACACACCAUCCACCACGCCAGCGCCGCCUAUCACCACCCUAACAUCGCCUACCACCUCCUCGACGCCACCUACCACCUCCAUAUCACCUACCACCUCCUCGACACCACUUACCACCUCCCCCACACCACCUACCACCUCCCCCACACCACUUACCACCUCCCCCACACCACUUACCACCUCCCCCACACCACACAGCACCACUACCCCGCCAGAGGCAGCAGCAACAGCCUCCCGGAGUCCCACCAGCUGGUCACCAAGCACUGCUAGGCCCACAGACACCUCCACCCCAAGGAUCAGGUUUGCUCCCACCCCGACUCCCUCCAUGGCCCUUCCCACGCGACUCCCAGCGACCUCCACUGACCAUGGCACGAGUUACCUCCAUGCCAACGAGAUUAUUAAUGAAGAAUUCAGUCUUCCUGGUCAGAAAGGCGAGAAAGGUGAAAGAGGACCCAAGGGUCCUCCUGGUGAGUCUGUGGCAGGCCCACCAGGCCCACCAGGACCCCCAGGUCUUCCGGGACCACCUGCCUCUUUCCCUCACAAGAGCUUAACUCAAAGUGUACCAGACUUGGGGUCAGGUGCUGGCGAGGACUUCAUCCCUGAGCCAGAUUUCAGCAGCGGGCGUCGGGGUCCUCCUGGUCCUCGCGGUGAAUGCUUUUGCAAUGAGACACGCCUGCUGGCUUCUGUCAUAGCCCAGAUACCGCGAGGGCUACCAGGGCCUGAGGGGAAACCAGGUCGAGAUGGUGUAUCGGGGAUCCCAGGAACACCAGGUCGGCCAGGCCCACCAGGAGAGCGAGGUGCCCCAGGGGAGAAGGGAGACAAGGGUGACAGAGGUCACCAUGGCAGCCGUGGUCCUGAAGGGGUGCAGGGAGCUAAGGGCGAAUCUGGCAUUGAUGGAGCCCCAGGCCUUCAAGGAGAACGGGGGCCGCAGGGCCCUCCUGGACAGCCUGGCUGGGGCAAUUCCGGCUAUGAUGUUGAUGGUGGCUUAGCAGUGGCCCCAGCCCGGCCGGGGUCUCCAGGAUCCCCAGGAGAGAAGGGCGAACCUGGAGCAGCUGGAAGCAGGGGGCCCCGAGGAUAUGCUGGAACCAAAGGAGAGAAGGGCAACCCUGGCAGUGACGGGGAUAAGGGAGAACGGGGAUCUAAUGGGAGGCAAGGACUACCAGGCCCCAAGGGUGAGCCAGGAGCCUCUGGUAUGAACGGUGCCCCAGGGCCCCCAGGGUUCAUGUCUAGUCCAGGAGCCAAGGGUGAGAAAGGUGAGCGUGGGGUGCCGGGAAUGGGUCUUCCUGGUCCUCCUGGACCACCGGGAGGACUCUCAGAAAAGGACCGCAGGAUCAUCCUACAACAGGUAGUGGAGACUCUGGAAAAUAAAAAUACAGUGAAUGGCCAUUCGAGCAGCGGCAUCAAUAUUUGGGACACCAGUGGAGGUCUUCCUUAUAAUGGAGUCAGCGAUGAUGAAGAUCUCUACCGUAGUGAGGGCUCCGGAGGUGUCGUGUACAACCCGUUCCACCCUAAAGAAGGAAAAGGUGUUCGAGGUCCCCCUGGCCCACCAGGUCCUCAAGGAGUCCAGGGAAUCGAGGGCAUCCAAGGCCUCAUGGGUCCCCCUGGAGGCACUGGUCCACCUGGCCAGCCUGGCUUGGAUGGUCUACCUGGAUCUCGGGGAGAAAAAGGAGAGCCAGGAAUUGCUGGUGCCAAGGGAGAAGUAGGGUACCCAGGAUCAAAAGGUGAGAAAGGUGACAGAGGUGAAGCAGGUCCCCCUGGCCCAAUCAGCUUUCUUGUGCAGCCUGAUGGAACCAACAUCACCAUAGUGAAGGGCGAUAAAGGCGACCGUGGGAGGAGAGGCAAGCGAGGAAAGCGGGGCCCCCCUGGUCCAGCGGGGGCCCUUGGGGAUCUUGGUCUCCCAGGAUGGCCGGGUUCUCAAGGUCCCCCGGGACCCCCAGGACCUCCUGGAAUUGGUCGGAAAGGAGAACCUGGGGCCCCUGGCCCUCCUGGUCCUCCAAUCGGUGGCUUCCUCAAUGGCAUUUUGGGCAGCAGCAGCUCUGAUGUUGCAGGCAUGUCAUCUUCUGGUGGCUCUGUGGUAGUGGGCCCAAUAGGACCAGCAGGGCCCCCAGGGCCAUCUGGAGCUCCUGGACCCCCUGGACCCCCAGGUCCUCCAGGAAGCUCCCAGAGUAGUGACAGUCAGAUGUACAUUCCGGUACCUGGACCACCCGGUCCUCCUGGUCCACCGGGACCUCCUGGUGUGCCUGGCCUGUCCAUGGAAGGGCCCCAAGGACCACGUGGAUCCACAGGAUCGCCAGGCCACGGUCUUCCUGGUAACCCAGGACCUCCAGGUCCUCCUGGUCAACCAGGCUAUGGUCAGAAAGGAGGUGGCUACGGUGGAAUCGAGGAGCUUCGUCGUAUUACCAGCCACCGAGGAAACCAAGGUCCCCCUGGUGUGCCAGGACCGCCCGGUAAGGAUGGUGUGGAGUCAGCGGGACCAACUACCAGCAUAGUACCUGGUGCAGUGACUUUCCCAGACAAGGCAGCCAUGUUGAAGAUGAGCGAGAUGUCACCCAUCGGUACACUGGCCUUCAUCCUAGAUGAAGAGGUGAUGCUGGUACGGAUAGGGGCUGGAUGGCAGUACAUCUCUAUGGGCUCUGUGGUACCACUGCCUACCACCACCCCAGCGCCACCUACCACCACCACCAUCACCCAGACGCCCGCAGCACACCACCCGCCCCUCCAGGUGGAUUCACUCGUCAAUGUGGAUGGACCCAGGCUCCGACUGGCUGCACUUAACCAGCCAUACAGUGGAGAUAUGCAUGGGGUCAGGGGUGCUGACUAUGCCUGCUACAGACAGGCACGAAGAGCAGGACUUAAGGGCACCUUCAGAGCCUUCCUCACCUCCAGGGUACAAAAUCUGGACUCGAUUGUUAGAUACUCUGACCGGGACCUUCCCGUUGUAAAUAUUAAGGGUGAGGUUCUGUUCAACACGUGGCGUGGCAUAUUCUCGGGCUCUGGGGGCAUCUUUUCCCAGAAGCCUCGUGUGUUCAGCUUUGAUGGAAAAGAUGUACUUGCCAGUGCUAUUUGGCCUCAAAAGUAUGUGUGGCAUGGGUCUGAUCUGCUGGGAGAACGAGCACUCUCAUCCUACUGUGAUGCGUGGAACAGUGCAUCCCAGGACGUGAUAGGUCUUGCGUCUUCCCUUCUGAAGAACCGCCUGCUGGCUCAGGAGCGGCUUGGUUGUCAUAACUCUUUCAUUGUUUUGUGCAUUGAGGCCACAAGUCAGGCACGCUUCCGAAGGAAACGCCAUGCAGGUACCCUCGAGCCGGAGUUGACUGAAGAUGAGUACCACGAACAUCUCAAAUCAUUGGACUUGAUUGAGGAAGAGGUUUAGAAAAAUGUGUGUGUGCCAUAUAAAAGUUAAUAAUGUAAAGUUAACAAACAUUGGAGAAAGUAUCCUCAGAAGGAGACACAUCCUUGAAGAGUACGAGUCAUAUAUUUAUUAAUUUAAAAGACUGGGGCGUUUGCCACUACUUACACAAAUACUGUAGUGGUGGCACUAAUACUCCUUUACAUAAAAAGUCUGUAAUAUUUAAGCAUUCAAACACUAAUAUUUUUGGGAAUGAGAGGUUUAUAUGAUGCCUUUGCUCAAAGAACACAAUUUACAAUCAUGUAUUUUCUGUAGAUAUUUCUCACACCUGUUUUUACUCUACAGCAUAUUAUGUGCAAGUAACAAGCUUGCAUUAUAUGUAUUGUCUUCUUGUACUAGUGUGAUAAACAAAUUGUUUAGAGGAUGAGAGUGCUGAAACACAAAAAAUAUAUUUGUAAUUGACAGAUAAUCAGGUGCUGAUAGAACUCUAACACAGUGAGAUUUUAUUAAUGAAAAAAUAAUGCAAAUGUACAUUUCACGAGUGUUGCAUUAAGGAACUCAAAACUGUUCAGAAAAUCAUGUGAAAGUUUGAGAAUCAGAAAAGGAGUAGAACAUGAGGGACCACAAUAUCCUACAACUCACGUCGAGGGUUUGGUGUCUAAUGUGCCCGAAGACAAUAAACAAUCUUGUUCAGGCAGUAAAAAUAAAUCACAUUUGCAAGAAAAUACUGAAUGUCUCAUAUUUUUUGUUUUUAAUGCAUAUAACCACUUACUUAGGUAAUGGCUGUCAUUUCUAAGCAAGUGUAAUGUUUUUGUUAUUAUCUUGCUCCUGGUGAUGUUCAUUUGUAAUGUAUGUUUGAAUAUGGUAUUCCUCUUCAAUGAAUCUCAGAAAUAGAGCAACAUGAUGUGCUUUGUGAGACUUUAGAUAGAAGGAAUCACAAGUAGUAGCAGCAUGAGCUGUCACAGGGGGUAGGGAACCAUUUUAAGGCAUUCUAUUUUUCCAUGAUAUUACAAUCUCACAACGGCAGAAAUAACAGUGUCAAAAGAGCUACAUACCGUAUAUACUCUCUGAGCCUUAAGUGGAAUGAGCAAAUAUGUAUGGUUGCAUUGCUUCACAGAAUGCUACAAAGCUUUUUUAGAUAUUAAAAAAGAAUAAUUUUUUAUCUUUUCUGAGCUUAUAGUAUACAGGUAGCCCUCAAUUUGCAGGAAAUUAAGUACUGUAUAAUCAAAUAUAUUUAUAUAUAACAAAAGAAUGAAGGAUGUGUCAGAACCCAACUUACUGCAGUGGAUGUGUAAGAGCCAGAUAUUCGUACAAUUAUUCACAUUAAUCAGUUGUCAACCCCAUGUAACUCUGCACUUUGAAUUUUUAUAUAAAAGUGAUUGCCCACAUUCUUCUAAAUUAGCAUUAGCCAAUAUCAAGCAAAUUGU